CGUCCGUAUCAUAGACCAAGUUAGCUUACAAGAGAGCGCAAAACAUACACCAGCAUGACCACGCCCUCGCAAUUCCAUUCCCAGCCGCUCCCAGUAAUCCUACUCCUCCUUUCAGCGGCGACUCACUUGAUCGUGGAGGCUGCUGCUGCUGAACAAGAUGAGCAGCAGCGGAUCACACGUGUGGGUUGCGCCGACAAGUGCGGCAACAUAAGCAUCCCGUACCCGUUUGGCAUGGAGCCAGGCUGCUUCCGUGAGGGCUUCCAGGUCACCUGCAAUGACUCCUCGAAUCCCCAUCGCGCCUACCUUGCCAACAACGGAGUAUACCAGCGGAUCGUCGAGUAUUAUGACAGAAUUGUCGAGGUGUGGUUUACUUAGUGCCUUCUAAAUCUCCAUCGUAGCCACCGUCGAUCGCCCGC